GACAUGGAUGACUUCAUGGCAUUGCUUGCUACUUAUGAUCUUGUUGCCUUGAACACAUGGAGCAGGCACAGUGGAGCAGUGCACUUCCCAUUGCAGGUCACUGGAUACGACAGCCAACACAGGCGGUUGCCAACCACAUGGCCUCCUGUCCUGGCCUUCCAGGCUGGUUCGCUGCUUGGAAAGCCUGGCGUUCCUUCGACAAACACUAUCGCGAGCACCAGCUCCGAUGCCGCCAGGCGAAUGCAGCUCCGGGACUCUCAGGGUCUCAUGAUGUCACCCAGUGCUGAGGCCGACCUGCUGCAUAAGCAUUUUCAACAGCGCUUCCGCGCCGAGACACAGGACCCACAGGAUCCUGACAUGAUCCACCUGGCCGGAAAGCAGUGCCUGAUGGACACCCCCCGAGUGCAGCCUGACUGCAUAAGCUUGCCUGUCCUGUUCUGUGACAAUUCUGUCUCAGCUUUGCUGCAACUGAUGGCGGCCCUGGAUCAGGAGAUAAAGGAAGUCUUCGGAGACCUGGCUCAGAACAGCCUUCAAGGUUUCGGCGAUGCACUGUUCGGAACGGGGAGCCCACCUCCGAAUGUGGGACCUCCCACCAAAGCAGCCAAGCUGGAGGGUGCACCGGGCAAGCGCCAACGGCCCUCAGACAACGGAAGCUCACCUGGUUCCAGCGGUCAGUGGGGCAACAACAAGGGCCGGGGCAAGGGCAGCAAACAGCAGCCUCAGCUUCAUGCCCUGGUGCAUGCCAUGGGAAGACUCAUCAUUCGGCAGGAGACACAGCUCCAAAUCCUGAAGCAGAACUCAGCCUGGACCUUGUACCUCAGGCCGGGCCCUUCGGGGCCAGUAGCUCUACUGUACAAGACUGCCGAAAAGUACAGAGAGGAGUCGAAGACGAAGUUCAUGGAUACCCCGGUUCGGGCUGUGCUCCUUCACACGCUGUUCCAGGCCCUCCUAGGCUCUCUUCAGGACAUCAGCAGCAGCCAGGAGAAGCAAAAGGUGCUCCAAGAGAAGGGUUGGCUCAACCAGGACGGGCUCUGGAACUAUCAGAGGUGGGACGGGGAGCAGCAAACUCUGGUGAUCGACGAGGCACGCCCGCCUGUGAAUCAUCAGGACUUGAUUGGCAAAGUGGGUCAAUUUGCCGAAAUAGUCCUGAACAAGGAUGUCAUACACAGGUUCAAUGCGACGCACUCCUUAUCAAUGGCCAAGACAGGCACCAGCACAUUUCUGCUGGAGGUGGGGCUGAGAGCACAGGGAGUGGAGCUGGCAUGGGCAAUCCUGGAGGCGAUCUCAGGCCUUUCGGCUCUUCAGGUGAUUGGACUACAAGUCCGGAGAGAAGGCCUUCGCCGUGGGGGCCUUGCCAACGAGGUACAGAAGCUUAUGAAUGCAUCUGCAGGCUGGAGUUGCAUAACCCAUCCAACCAGUGCUACAUGA